CUUUCCCACUCUCUCCCCCUCGUUCUUCCUCCCUCGCCCUCUCUCUGCCUCAUACGGCGUCCAACAAGGAACGAUCUAGCGGCCGAUGCGGGUCGAACUCUCAGCCCGGCGUGUCUAGGCCCCAAUGUUUGCAAAUGGCGGAAACCUCGUUCCCUAUACGGAAUGUGCUAUGGAUUCGAUUGGCAUUCUUCUUUUGUCCGUACCUGUCCAUCCCUACGCCGAACGACACCAGACCGUCGCAGGGCAUCUGCAGAGCGGGCUCCUUGCACCGAGUUCAUUCCUCGUACCUGUUAAGUGGACUCCGAGUCUCCCUUUCCACCGACCGAGAGAGCAGAAAGACUGCGAUCGAUCGAUCUGCCGGACGCUCUCGAGACCGCCCUUCGGCGCUAGUCCCGGACGGGUCUAGCCGCGCACAGCCCGUAAUUACGCGGUACCGCAGCCGCCUGAAACCCGCCAUCCCGUACCAGUCCGUACCGAUUACGGCGUCCCGUCGACGCACGGCCCACCCGCCUUGCCUCUUCGGGCCAAGCGAGUGCUGGUCACGUGGCCAACUCUCCCGCCCAGUCGAUUCCGUCAUGACUUGUGCAUCUUCCAGAGUAGUUGGGAGAAAGGCCCUGCUAAACCCCAUCGUAGCUAGUUCCCUCGAGACGGCACUAAAGCUUAACGGCCACCAAAGUACCACUGCGUAAAGUAACUCACGACGGCCCUCCGACCUCCUACGCAGUUCUGCGUAGUACGUCCUACGUCGUCCCUCGGGCGGGAAGGAACGGGAUCGUCACGGGUCACUUCAGAUUCAGCCUCGACUUGUCUCUCUCUCUCCCCCGUCCACUCCGUACCA